AUGCGCCCUCCAAAAGCGACCGGCGGAGCGGGGCGAUUCUGGUUCCUCCCACGCGUGGACUCCGGCCAGCGCUCCGCAGCCCUCUCCCCCUCCGGCACCGCUCUGGACUGGAGGUUGGCGGGGCCGGAAAGCCCCUUCCCGGUCCCGAAGCGCCCCGGCGGGGACCCGGCCUCCCGGGGAGUCCCGGUGCGGAGUGGCCGAGUCGCGCUCACGGGGCCGCCGGGCGCGAUUGAUGCUCGGAACGGCAGCGCGGAGAGUUCAGCGGCGCCGCGACGGGAGGAGCGGGGGGGAACGCGGGGACGCCUCCCGCGGGGCUGCGGCCCCCGGGGUUCCGGUGGCGUCCCUGCCUCAGCCCCGGCCCCGCAUCCCCCGCAGCGGCAGCCCCGGCCCCGCAUCGCCCGGUGCGCCCCGGUGGCACCGGCAGUGCGGCAGCGCCCCCUGGCGGCUCCGGUGUGGCCCUGCCCGGUGCGGUCCCUCCGAGCAAUUGGCCCGUCCGGUCCCCGCGUGGGACCCCCCGAGCAGCGCCCCCCGCCAAUCACCCCUUUCCCAGCCACGGUUCCCGUCCUCGGGCCGGUACCGGCGAGCAGGAACGGGCACAGCCCGGGACCGGCCGCGGGCUUGGACCCCGGGACGAGGACCGGGGCUCGAAUCGGGGGUGCUCUGAAAGCUGGAAAUCAGCUCCACGGUGGUUGUGGGACCCCCGAGUCGCCUUGGCCUGGUGCUGUGGGAAGGGGCUGGGGUGGGAGGGGGCAGGAACGGGGGGCACGUGUCCUGCUCCCCCCCCCCCAACACCCCACAUUUGGCUGCCCCCAGAGCACCUAUCGGCGGGACCCGCUGCGGCUGGUGGCCGUGCUGAGAGCAGUCCUGGAGGGCGAGAAGGCCGCCGUGCUCAAGCGGGAGCACCACCUGCCCCUCAGCUUCCACCGGCGGCAGGAGGAGCUGAAGUUCAGCGUGGGGCUGCAGCGGCUGCAGCACCGUGUCCGGGAGAUCCAGGCGCUCCGGGACAGCCCCGUGGGCGAGGGGAGGGCGGGGACCGGCGCUGCCCCCCAGGAGCUGCCCACCCUCAUCCUGGAGGCCGUGAAGGAGCUGGAGGUGGUCAAACAGCAGGUCCUGAAGAGGAUCCAGAUCUGGAAGAGGCAACAGCAGCUGGCGGGGAACGGGGCCGUCUUUGAGGAGAACCUGGCGCCACUGCAGAAGAGGUGCGAGGACCUGGUCGAGGUUUACUUCCAGCUGCAGCAGCAGGUGAUGGCGGCGAGCGCGGAGCUGGGGCCCGAGCUGCUGCCCCGGCUGCUGGAGCGCUUCAGCGAGGUGCUGUCCAGCCUGGUCAAGAGCUCCUUCCUGGUGGAGAAGCAGCCCCCGCAGGUGCUGAAGACCCAGACCAAGUUCCAGGCGAGCGUCCGGUUCCUGCUGGGCCCCCGGCUGAUGAAGGCAACGCCCAAGCCCUCCAUGGUGCGGGCUGACAUGGUGACAGAGAAGCAGGCGCGGGAGCUGUCGCUCAGCACCCCCAGCAACACGCCCAGCGAGAGCACGGGGGAGAUCAUGCACAACGUGGUGGCCCUGGAGACCAACCCCACCAGCGGGAUCUGCUGCGCCAACUUCAAGAAUGUGCUGCUGAAGAAGAUCAAGCGCUGCGAGCGGAAGGGCUCCGAGUCGGUGACGGAGGAGAAAUGUGCCGUCCUAUUCAGCACCACCGUGGCCUUGGCACCCAGCAACGCCUCCAUCCAGCUCCAGGUGCUGUCUCUGCCCAUCGUGGUCAUUGUCCACGGGAACCAGGACAACAACGCCAAAGCCACCGUGCUGUGGGACAACGCCUUCUCGGAGAUCGAGCGGGUGCCCUUCGUGGUGGCCGAGCGGGUGCCCUGGGAGAAGAUGUGUGACACCCUGAACCUGAAGUUCAUGGCAGAGGUGCAGACCAGCAAAGGGCUCCUCAAGGAGCACUACUUCUUCCUGGCCCAGAAGAUCUUCAACGACCACAGCGCCAGCCUCGAGGACUUCCAGAGCCGCAACGUCUCCUGGGCCCAGUUCAACAAGGAGAUCCUCCCUGGUCGGGGAUUCACCUUCUGGCAGUGGUUUGAUGGAGUCCUUGACCUCACCAAGAGAUGCCUCAAAAGCUACUGGUCAGACAGGCUCAUCAUCGGCUUCAUCAGCAAGCAGUACGUCUGCAAACUGCUGAGCACGGAGCCGGACGGGACCUUCCUGCUCCGCUUCAGCGACUCCGAGAUCGGGGGCGUCACCAUCGCCUACGUCAGCCGGGGCAAGGACGGCUCCAGCCAAGUGGAGAACAUCCAGCCCUUCUCUGCCAAGGACCUGUCCAUCCGCUCCCUCGGCGACCGCAUCCGGGACCUGGGGCAGCUCCGCAACCUGUACCCCAACACCCCCAAGGACCAGGCCUUCGGGAGCCACUACAACAAAGAGCAGACGGGCAAGGACGGCCGGGGCUACGUGUCCACUGCCAUCAAGAUGACGGUGGAAAGCGAAAGGGACCAGCAGCCCCCGAGCAGCAUGGGGGCCCCCCCUGCGCCGAUGUUCACCCUGCCCGUGCCGCAGCCCGAGCUGCGCCCCGAGAACCUGCAGCCACUGCCAGGCUCCCUCUGCCCCCCCACUCCCUUCUGCCCCCAGCCCGUCCCCCCGGGCUACCCGGAGAGCAACAUCAACGUGAUGGUCCCUGACAGCCUCACCCCCUUCCCCAGGACACCUCCAAUUCUCCCACCCUCCCUGAGUAUGGACCCAGCGCUGCCCCUCUGCCAGGACCCCACCUUCAGGACCCCUGGACCUUUCAUGCCCAACCAGUACCUGCCUGGGGAGGCCUCGCAGCUGCUGCCUGGGGGUCCCUCUCCGGAGCUGCAGGACGAGGAGAUGCCGGAGCUGCCCCCGUUCCCGGGCGUGGUGGAGGCGCCGCUGCAGAGCCCCCCGCGGUGGAUGUCGCCCAGCAUGGAGCCGCCGUCCAGCUCGGACCUGGAUCAGUUCCUGCAGGACGUGUCCCUGUUGCCCCCCUUCGCGCCCCCCCCGCAGCACAGCGAGUACCCCAAUUCCAGCCCCUCCUGCUGGGGGCUGGGGGAGGCGCGGUGGGAUGACAGCGCCCGGCCCGGGCACGCCUGAGUGGGGCUGAGCUGUGGGGAGCGGGGGGCAUCGCAGUGGGACCCCCCCCCCACUCUCGCCCAGCCUCGUCUGGCUUCGUGGAUUUUGAUACCACUCGUGCUGGGGUGGAAACUCCAGCUGGGGAGGGGGGGGCGGCUUUGGGGAAGGGGGAUUCGGGUAACCCUGGCCCCCCCUUUCCCCCCAAGCCGUGCCUUGCUGCCCACCCCCGCCGGGGUCCGCGGGUGAGGGGGUGCAGGCACAGGGGCCCCGUCCUGCGUGGGGGGCACCGGCAGCCGCACGCGGUGCCCCCAGCCCACGCCGCCGGGAUGAGUCACCGCGGGGGCGGGAGGCGGCAGCGGGAACGGCGCUGGGGCGGAGGUGCCAGCCCGGUGCCCGGCAGGGGGGGGACACCAGGACCCCCACGGAGGGGGACGCGGCCCCCUCGCACCCCCACGGUCAGCGCUUGCUUUGGGGUUUUGAGCCGUCCACCAACCCCCCCCACCCCCCCAGGCUGGAGCGGGCUGGGGGACAGGGGGGGGGCGGGCAGGAAGGUAAGCCAUAAAAUAAAGUUUUAUUCCAAAAUAACAAAAUAAAUAAUCUACUGUACACGGUA